AGUCCGUAUGUGUCACCAUAUACUACCUUCAGAUUUAUUUGCAGGCAUUUACAGGGAAAUAAAGAAGCACGAUAGAGUUUAUGAUAAAGUAUACAUAAACAAAGAUUAACAAAGAACUGUAGUGGUAGUAAAUAAUCAUUGAUCCCAAUAGUUUUGCCUCAGAAGAUGUUUACUAGGUCACCAGUAAGUAUAUUCAGAUUCUGGCUGGGUCCACAGCAGCAGAGGCAAGUCUCAGGAAGGUACUCGUCUACCUUUUAACUGGUUGUAUUUGAUGCACUAAACGGUCUAGUAAUGCAGCAAGGUGCAUUUUUUAAUUUACGUUUUCAGUAAUGCACAUCUAACAACAGUAUUAUCUUCCUCCGUAUAGUUCUUGUCAGUACUAAAGGCCCAGGGAUCAGCAGAAAGAGUCCGGUGUUAUUUUCCGAGGUUUGUCUGCCGAAAUACCGAGGAUGGAUCGCCGGAAAACAAUGUGCAAGUACUUCUGGAAACACGCGCGCACCACAAACCGGCUGAACUUGACUGCAUGAUAUGUUGAAACCGGCAAUUUUAAUGAAGCAAACGAAAGAUACACAGAAGCAAUCGAUGAACGACAUUAAGUUCACCAUUUCACUUAGCUUGAUCUUUGUGUGUUGCUUUGACAGCAUCUUUGCCAUCCAUCAUCGACUCCCACCCGUUAAAAAUAAGAGAAGCAAUUAAAAUGAAGACUUCAUUUGACAGCCAAAACUAUCCUUUUGAAACCUCUGAGCCUUCCUUUCAUCGCUGGUGUUGAUCAGCGACAGCUUCUGCCCGUCCACACGGACGAAGGCGCUUGAAGAGGUGUCAGCGGAGACGGUGCUCUGGAUUUCCAUUGGCUGCACCAGGGUGGAUUUGCUGUGUGUAUUUUUAGUGUUGCUUCCCUGUUCAGCGCCGAGCGGCCAGUCUUAUUCCCCCCCGUCCCGGUCCUGCUCAGUACAGUAAAAGUCAAGGAGGGGGGAACUCACAUUAGGACCGUGGCAAUACCCCCUGUCAUCCCGUUCUGAAAUCAGCACCCAGCCUGGAGCAGUCAGAGUUGAGAGCGGCUUGCUACUAGGACCUGUCUCAUUCUAAUCUGCGGGUUUGCAAAUGGCCAGUCCCAGCGUCAGAGACGGCGAGUGGGGAGAGACUCCGCAGCAAGACUCCGGCCCCGGGCCCGCCUUCACCGAGGCUCAACACUGGAUAGAACAAGUAACAGGCAGAAGUUUUGGUGAUAAAGACUUUCGAACAGGCCUGGAAAAUGGGAUUUUACUUUGCGAGUUAUUAAAUGCAAUAAAGCCCGGGGCUGUGAAGAAGAUCAAUCGUCUGCCAACUCCCAUUGCAGGACUGGACAAUAUUACUUUGUUUCUGAGAGCAUGCGAAGAGCUUGGACUUAAGGGAUCCCAGCUUUUUGACCCAGGUGAUCUCCAAGAUAUGACCAACAGAGCUACCGUCAAAGCACCUGAGUACAGCCGGAAAAUGAAAAAUGUUUUGAUCACUAUUUACUGGCUUGGAAAAGCAGCAAAUAGCUGUACGUCUUACAGUGGACCAACGUUGAACCUAAAAGAAUUUGAAGGAUUGUUGUCUCAGAUUCAAAAGGAGAUGGAGGACACAGAUAGUCCAAAGCGAAGCAUUCGUGACAGCGGCUACAUUGACAGCUGGGAUUCUGAGCGCAGUGACUCCCUGUCACCUCCCAGACAUGCCAGAGAUGAUUCCUUUGAUAGUCUGGAGUCAUUUGGGUCACGGUCACAGCAGACUCCAUCCCCAGAUGUUGUAUUUAGAGGAAGUAGUGAUGGUCGUGGCAGUGAUUCUGAAUCAGAUGUGACACAGAAGACACCUGACGUAAAGCGAGACGACAUGUCUGUCAGACGGUCUUCCUAUAAUGAACCUAAAAUUUCCUUGCCUUUUAAUCAAUAUCUACCCAACAAGCACAAUCAUACAGCUUAUAUGCCGGCACCUCUCCGAAAGAAGCAGGCAGAGCGAGCAGAGAACUAUCGGAAGAGUUGGAGCAACACUACUUCACCUGUAGGAUCAGAACGCCCUUUCAGUCACCCUGAGCCUAUUCAAGAAGAACACAGUGAAGAAUCCUCUCAGGGUGAAGACUUUGCUGAGCCAUCAUCUACAGUUACCAAAACUCAAGCAAUUAAUGAUUCCAAGCCAGCAGUAAGGUCUGAACUUGCUCCAGCUGAGGAUGCUGGUGGCCUCGAAAACCAGUUACAAGCUUGUCCAGUGGAAGACACUGGGCACAGAACAUCCAAAGAAGGUACAAGAUGGGAGGGAAAAGACGAAGAGGAAAUUAAAAAGUUGAAAAGAAUUCAGAAAGCUGGUAUCACGGUCAUGCCAGCAUCUGAGAGAUACCGCAGACAAAGACAGCAGCAAGAAAGCAGUGGGCAAAGCAGUCCAGAUAUCAUCCUCCGCAGGGAGAAUACGUUUCUAAAGAGCUAUCGGGACAAUUCUGAGUCUGAGGAGGAGGAGGAACAGAAAUUUCCAGAUCUUGAGAAAGAUGACUUUGCUUUGAGGAAGGCUCAGCUCAAUCAGUGCAAGCCCAAGGUGGUGGUCAAUCAGUUCUUAGCCAGACCGUGCACGAAGAAGGAUCGAGAGCUCUGGGCGAGUAUCAAACAUUCUUCAAGAGGAGCUGAUGGAGCUUCACAAAGACAAGAGCAGAAAGUGGAGAGCAAAAGUCACAUUCAGGCUGCAGAGAGUGAAGUUAUUAUCCCCCAGCAAGCAGGUGUGCUACUGAAGUCACAGCAAAAGAGCGGGCACAAGGAUGAAGAGUGGGUGAAAGGCCCAGAUAUAGAGCGUGAUGAUCUGGCUCGGCGAAAGGCCCUGGUUGGCUUUACCAGUCGACACGAACCUCACACUUUUGUGCGUCCCUCUAUCACAUCAGCUGAUAUGGAAAUAUGGGAGAGGCUCAAGCUUUCCAGUGAUACCAGUGAGGAAUCUUCCAAGCCAAUUAAAGGCUGCUCUGAUGUGAAGCCAAGGUCUGGAACCAAAGUAAGAAAAGAAGCUCCAGAUGACCUCGUGUGUCAAAAGGCAAGAAGCAAUAAGGGCUCUUCACCCAGCAGCCAGCGCUCUGUGCAUUUUGGCCCAGUGACGGAGAUAGGUCAGCAACAUUGGGAGAAGUUAAGCACCAGCAGGGCUGGCCCAGGCAGUGAGUCAGAAGAAGAGCCAGAUAGCUGCACCAUCAAAGCCUACACAUGCCAUCUCUUACCCUCUGUAUCUUCAGCAGUUAUCCUCAACUCACGAGAUGGUGCAGUGGGGGAUAAAACCCAAAUGCCUGCAAGGAGUGAGGUAGUUCUUGCCUCCCAGACUGAGACCAGCAGUAAACCUGAAGAAACUGUCCUUAGUGAUAUUUGCACAGCUGAGUAUUAUCGAAGGAGCCCCUCUCCUGUCCUGGUUGCCCACACUGUAACUAUAAACGAAAGCAUUCAGGAUCCCAGCGAGGAAGCUGAAAAGGAAGACGAGCGAAGCCCAGAUGCAGAGAAAGAUGACAUGUUGAAUCGCCGGAUAAGAGCCACCUCCAAACAGGGCAGUGCUGCCUUCAAUAAAUUUCUCCCAGUCCCCAGUUCACAGCAAGGCCAGACAUUGGGUGGAAUUAAUAAAGAACCUGAGCAGAAACAAUUGUAUUUGGAACUGAAGUUUCUCCGGACCAAUGAUCAUUACACACCUAUUCUAUACAGUCCCACAGUAGCCCUGUCUGAUGAUGCAGGAAGUGUCAGUAUGAAUGACAUGAGACCGGAAGAAGACAAUUUAGCUCAGCCCCACAGUAAAGCUCGCCAUGAGGAGCUACACAAAGUUCACAGCCGACUUCGCGAAGACCAGGACAGAUGGCAAGAUGAUCUGGCUCGCUGGAAGAACAGGAGAAGAAGUGCUUCACAAGACCUGAUCAAACGGAAGGAGGAGCGAGAUAUCGUGGAAAAAAUAAUGAGUGGGGAACGCAGUUUGUCAGAAAGACGGAGGAGCAUUAAAACCUAUAAAGAAAUCGUGGAAGAGAAGGAAUCCAGAGAAAAAGCUCUCCAAGAGGCGUAUAACAAAGCGAAGACUCGAGAAGAAGCUGAAGAAAUUUUGAGGAAGUAUUCACAGAGAUUUAUAAUCAGUGAAGCUGUUCUUGAAAACCUGGAAAUGCCAAAAUUUCUGGAGAGAAGUCAGUCAGUGGAUUCAGAUUCGUCAUGCUCUCCAACAAAGGAACCAAAUUCACUGAAAUACUUACGACAGCAGUCAUUGCCAAUCCAGAAAUAUACUGUCACUGUUGAAGCAAUGGUCACUCCCAGCAGCCAAUCACAGUCUAACUUUUCUGAAGUAGGCACAUCCCCAACCAAAGCUGUUGCCUCCAAGACAGUGCCUAUGUUGACCCCCAAGCCUUAUUCACAACCAAAAGAUUCCCAGACGGUGCUGAAAUCAUUUAAGAAAGAUGGAAAGAUUAGGAUAAAUGGAGAGACUAGCCCCACGUUUACCAUGGCGGAAGAGAAUGAGUCCAUGUCUCCAGUAUCAGCCCCGUACCUCACCCAGUCACAGAUGUUUGAAGGUGUGGCAAGAGUGGACAAUUCCCCAUCACAGUUACAGACUGAUAACAACAGCAGUGUAUCCCAACCCAAGCAAGUUAUUCCUUCUGCCACGAACAACCCACAGACUGCACACACAGAGCAGAUGGAACGAACUGAGAUCUCAGUGGGCGUUACCACAACCCAGCAGCCAAGCAUUGAGAAUGAAUCCGACCUUAAAUCCACUUGCGACGAAGCUGAGAAAAAGCCAGUGGAAGAUGCCAUUCCGGAAGAAGAUCAUCACAAAGACCUGCAAACUUCAUCUGAACCUGUAGUCCUUUCGGGCAAUACUGAGUUGGACUUAAGGGACACAUUCCAUUCCAAAAUAAUAACAAAAGAUGAAGCCUGCUUAACUCUCAAGAACGAGGCAUCAGAUAACAGCACCCAAGAGCAGCUUGAUCAAGAAGGAUUAAGGUCAGUGACACCUCAAAAGGACAAAACUGGAGAUGUAUUGGAUUCAGAUCAAAGGAUAAAUGAAGUGAAGGAAGAAGCAGCAGAGAACAAUCAACCUGUUGAUACUAUAAUUCAGCAAGGUAGUCCUUCAGAGUCAAACAUGACUUGUUUCCACACCUGUUCUGUGGGCUCAGAACUGGUUGAUGAGGCCUUCGUGGGAUUUGCAGACUCCACUACAGAGCCUUCUAAUUCUGCCAGUGUUCCGGUUACAGUUCGGAACUCUUGGCGACGCUCAGAGUUUUUCUCUCAGCCAGCAGAAGUGGAAAGCAAUGAAAAUACAAAUAUCCCAGUUGCGUCUUUAAAUCUCCCUAAGCAUUCUGACUGCUGGUUUUGGGAUCCAGAGGAAGAACGCAAGCGACAAGAGAGAUGGCAGAAAGAGCAGGAACGCUUGCUCCAGGAAAGGUACAGAAGGGAGCAUGAAAAACUACGUCAGGAAUGGGAAAAGGCACAAAGGGAGGUCGAGGAAGAAGAACGUAGAUAUCAUGAAGAGGAGCGUAAAAUUAUUCAAGAAACUGUAACUCCGCUGACUCCACGAUCACUGCCUGUCCACCUUCCCUCUGAGUGGCUCUCUAUCUCAAAAACAGAGGAAAUUAGGAAUUCCAAGUCCACUGAAGUCACAGAUGGGGGGAUCAAGCAGAGUGACUCACCGAAACAAAAUAUGGUGGAAAUUGACAAUUGUCGAAAAGGUGAAGAGGGAGGAAUACUGGCUAAAGAACACCAAAGCCAUAAGGAAACAACACAGAGAUCAACACAGGAGCAAGCAAAAGUACUGAGCUCAGAGAAUGGGAAUGGACAUGAGGAAAAUUAUGAUAAACCUGGGACAAAUAUAUUGGAGAAAUUGCACUGGCAGGACAUGAAACAACUGGAAUCUAAAGAAAUAGGGAUGAACUUCCAGUCUGAACCUCAUGUCUUCCAAACAGAUGAAGAAAAUGCCGAUGAGAGACAGAUUCAGGCACACAGCCAAACACACCUCACAGAUUAUCAGCAAGUUUCAGCUCAAGCUGCAGGCUCCCCAGUUUUUUCAGACAGAUCUCAGAAUGCACAAGAACUUCCGCUGUUUCUUGAGCUUCAAAGAAACAAGCUACCUGAUGAUCAAAGUGAAAUGAAAACUGGGUCUCUGGAUAGAAGCUGGGCGCAUCAGUCGAAUAUAGUGGACAGAAAAAAGCGAUCUGGCUCUCAUGAAGAUUUACAAUCAAGCCAAUGGCUUCCUCAGCCACACUCAUCUCCUCAACUCCAGUCUCCCAGCAGAUCAGUCAGUGGGAAGAAGUUGUGCUCGACUUGUGGGCUUCCCCUGGGAAAAGGUGCAGCCAUGAUCAUUGAAACGCUGCAUCUUUAUUUUCACAUUCAGUGUUUCACGUGCGGUAUCUGUCAAGGACAACUUGGGGAUGCAACUACAGGAACAGAUGUCCGGAUCCGCAAUGGUCUCCUAAAUUGCAAUGACUGCUACAUCAGGUCCAGAACUGCUGGACAACCCACAACUUUAUGACCCUGCUACAUGUCAAUCAGCAAAUGAAAGCCCAACAGAGCACAGAUGGCCGUGAAGUUCAACACGAUGUUCUCUGGACACAGUCACGGAUAGAAACCAUCAUUCACUGGCUUCCACACUCCGAGAACCCCCUUUUUUUUUCCCAAAGCAACAUUUAGCUGUGUUGUUAUUUUGACAGCCAACACUUUAAAUCAUUUUCUUGUUUAGUGAAAAUGCUGUUCUUUUGUUCAUAUAGUCACAAUAGUAGCGUAAUUUGAUAUAUUUUUGCUGUUGAGGAAAAGCUUGUAACUGAAUUCAAUAUGUUUUUAAUUAAUAUUGUGUGACAUGUAAUUUAUUUUAUUCCCUCCAGUUAUGAAAAUGUUAAUCAUAAAGGUGCAAUUACAAGUGGAGUAAGUGAAUAAAACUCUAUUUGUCCUGUGUAGUGGUUAAUAACUUUGUAUUCCUUUCCUUGGAACUAAUUUGAGCCAUCUAUGUCACAUUUACGGAAUGCAGAGAUCAUUCCAAAUGCAUAUAGUAGAUUUGCAAUUAUCUUGAUAUUUUAGAACGCUAUGUCCUUUCGGUGCAUUUCUUCAUAAUGUAAGAAUAUCAUGAAGGUCUAGCAUACAGAAAAGAAAAUUGAUGAAGAGGCAAUAACCAAGCUUUUCUUUCAUCCUAGCUAAUAGUAACUUACAACUACACAAUGUUUUGAAUCUGACAUAGCAUUGUUAAACAAAAAACAGAAUUGAAAGCUGAAUUACUUGCCUUUGAGGAAAAUGUGUGUGCCAGAAAAAAGAUUUGCACUCAAGUUUGCUGUUUUGGAAAAAAAAAUACAGUUUAUGUUUAAAACCUGUUUCAAAUGUGUAGUCAGUGGUUGGUAUCGUGUAUCAGAUCCCUUAGGUUGUUCGUUCUCCUAUGAUUCAGCUGAUUGAUCUAUUCCACUGUUUUUAAAAAAAGCAUUUAAAUCAAUACUUCCUUCAAGCUAAUGAUUAUUUAGUAGACAACUGCCAGACUGCAAUUCAAAUGCAAGUCAACAAAAAUGAACUUACCACUCCUAUACCAUGAUCAGAGGUUUUCCAAUAUAAUAUGUAACCCGUCCAUAUUAUAACAUUUCCCUGUUAACCCGGGUGUUUCCAUUGUUUAUGUGCUUUGAUCCCUGUGUAUAUAAAGAGGUACCAAGUAUUACAAUUCCAACCGUGUUCUGAUAAAUACAAUCAGUAUAUCUGUGCAUGCUCAAAUACUGUGGAUUAUAGUCUGAGUUAUGAAUAUAGUCUACACAGCAUUUUAGAUUGAGAUAUCAAUUUGGAAAUGGCUGAAAAUUCAAUGAGUGGUAAGUUAUUGGUUUCACAUUUCUACAUUCAUUUGAUAAUGGAGUAAUUCCUCUUCACUAUAAAUAAUAAAAUGUGUUAGCAUCCUGUUAGGCUAACUAAAAGGUAAAUACAAUUAUCUUGUUAUUCUUUUGAAACAUUCUCCCUAAAAUAAAGCAUUGAAGCUAUGAAAUAAUUUACAAGUCAAUUUUUCUAAGUAAGGAUUCAAUUUAAAUGGCUUAAAUUAUUUAUAAUUCCAUCACAACGCACUAUUGGAAUAAUCUGCAAAACUGUUGAAGAUUUUAUAAAAUACUGGAAAAGUGAAGACUAAUUAGGUGGGAGAAUUUGCUACAAAAUUACUUUAUUUAGCUUUUUUUUUAUAUUUCUCAGACUUUUAGAUUAUCACUUGGGUUGCCAUGUAGCUCAAGCAAGCCACCAGUCAAGCAGUUACAAUUAAUUCGAGGCAUGUCAUAAUUCCUUGCUUAGCAAACCAGAUAUAUCUGAGGCAAAUGCUUGCAAAGAGAUUCAAUGGGGAACUGAAAGCACCUAAUUAGCCAAUGACUUGUAUCUGCCUUAAACAACAGCAAUACAAUACCUAUUCUGCAUCUAGAGCUCUUAACUUCCUUGCAGGAGGAUAAAUAGUAGGGUGUAGUCCAUUAUCAUGUAGCAGCUUUGUUAAAGAGAACAUAAAUUAACAAGUCUCUUUGGUUCUGCAAUAAUUGCCUAAAUUGUAAGGUUGAUAUUUAUUUAUUAAAAUAGUUUUAAAUCAUGUUUUGCAUGUUGAUGAUAAGGCAUUAUAAUGAUAAUUGUGUGCUUUAUUUUUAUUUGUAUCUGUUUGAAUAGUUUGUUAAAAUGCAAUAUUUGCUUCAUUUACACUAAAACUGUGCCUUAGUAAGUGCAGGCUAUUGCAUACAAAUGAUGAGAAGUGAAUAUGAAGUGUUGGUAUCUGGCUCAGUAAACAUUUCUGCCAGCUCUUGAUACACUAGGUGCAUCAUACUGCAAAAAGGGUGAGUCAGACAUGACACUGAGGCCUAACUGGUUCAUCUCAUGUGAUUGGCUCAUACUACCCAAAGAUUCCUACCCUCUGCACGACUUCAGCAAAGGCUGAUGUCCAUCCAUUGUGUAAAAUUCAUCUCUUACUGUUCAAAGGAUUUUUAAAGACAACUUUUUACAUAUUCUUGUACACUUUAGCUCUUCAGAAAUUACCUGCAGAGGAAGCAUUGAACAUGUAUUGUAGCACAUUCUGUACCUAUUCCAAUAACCCCCUUUACAAAUAUGUCUGUUUUUAAUAUUAAGUGCUUCAAUUUUGAUCCAAAUACACAGUAGGUUUGUAAGUGGUAGCACUUCAACUUCUUGACAUGCAAUAAACUAUGUUAAGAUUUAUGUAAUCCACAAUUAAACAGUAAUAGUGUAACCCAUUUUAAUACAGUAGUAGAAGCAGAUUAUAGAUUGGAAACUAUUGUCAACAGUAUUAGAAGAGUAAUGAGUUUAUAUCAUAUUCCCAGAAUAUGCACUAUUUUGAAGGUAUUAUUCACUCAUUCAAAGGAGGUUGUGAAAUGUCAUAAAGCACAUUGGAGUAGAUAUUCAUCCUCUGGUUUAUAUGCUAACAGUGUGAAGUAUUGACUGAUACAAAUUGAAAUCCUAUUCUGAAAUUGUUUUAUUGACAUAAGUUAAUUAAAAUUUCACAGUUUAAUACAAAUUCAUUAAUAUGUUGCACUUUUAACACAUACAACAGAGAACACAUUUCCAUCCACAACAAAUACUGUUAAUAAUUCUUUGCCUAAAAUGUCAAUGGAGGAGUUCAGAGAAGUGAAUUUCAAUUAAUUAUAACGUAGAUGAUCACCCUGCUUAACCACUGUGCAACAUGUGAGGUCCAUAUUUGGAAUAUUAGUCAGUUUAGAGUUAUCAGUGUAAUUACUGUCAUGAUUGCCCAUUUUCCACUGUCACUUGAUUAUUCAUGCUCACAUAAUUUGAUGUGGUUUCCUUAAAGUAACACAACAUGAAUUUCUGCUGCCCUCCAUUAACAUCUGUACUGCGGUCACUUAUUGCAGAGAGUACAUGGUUAAACCACAUUUCCCCGGAAAGUGCAGGACCAAACAUAGGCAUGGACAGGUGCACAAUGAAAUGACAUAUUUUAACUGGGGCUGUUUUUCAAACAUAAAGAAUUACAAUUAUCUGGCAUAUGCUACAGUUGAGCUAUUGUGCUAUAUGUAUAGUGUUUUGCCUCUUGAAGGAAAAGUUACAAUGUUCAAUUAAUGCAACAGCUUUUAUAGUAAAUGUAUGUUGUUUAUAAAUAAAACAAGUAAAGCUAC